AUGAAAUGGUUGAUACGCCGAUAUGGACAUUAUUGGCCUGGAAUAAGGAAAGAUUGCAUUACCUAUGCAAAGGGUUGUACAGAUUGUCAAAAGCAUGGCCCAAUGCAGUGGAUUCUAGCAAUAGAGAUGCAAUUAUUAGUCAAACCAUGGCCCUUCAGAGAUUGGGCCAUGGACUUAAUCGGCAAGAUUAAUCCUCCUUCAUCAAAAGGUCAUCAUUGGAUUAUUUUAGCUACCGAUUAUUUCACCAAAAGGGUAGAAGCCGAGGAAUAUGUAUCAGUAACUAGAGAAGUAUUGCAACUCGGCUGUGAUAUGCAAGUAAAAAUAGUAACUUCAACACCCUAUUAUGCUCAAGGGAAUGGCCAGGCUGAGGCUUCGAAUAAAGUUGUAAUUGAAAUCAUUGAAAAAAUGAUAAAGGACAAGCCGAGGUGUUGGCAUGGAACCUUUUUAGAAGCCGUGUGGUCUUAUAGAAAUUCAAAGCGAACAAGUACAGGAAUAACUCCUUAUCGGUUAACCUUUGGCCAUGAUGCUAUGUUGCCAAUGGAGUUAAAUGUAAAAUCAACAAAGGUAAUGAAGGCUUACGACAAAAGGGUAAAGUUCAAGUCAUUUGCAGAGGGUGAUAUGGUUUGGCAAACAAUUCUCCCGCCUGGUAAAGUAGACAGAACUUAUGGCAAGUGGUUACCUACAUGGAAUGGACCAUAUAUAGUUCAUCAGGUGUUGCAUGGAGGUGCAUAUAAGUUGAAGGAUUUGGAUGGUGAGGUGCAUGAAAGAUCAAUAAAUAGAAGGUAUUUGAAGAAGUAUCAACCCAUUAUUUUUGAACUUUUUGACGAAAAGAAAGCCUCUAAUAAGUCAAAUAUAGAGGGUGAGUGUUUAGCUUAA